AUGAAGAGAAGAAACAUCGCCGUUGAUACUCCAGCUGUCAAAUUCCACGAAGAAGAACGGGAAUACAAAACGAAGAAAUGCCAGAGGUUACUAGGUCGUGCUAAAAAAAAAGGCAGGCCGACCUUGAGCCGGCGAAAAAAAAAAAUUUGAUUCGAAACACGAACGACAGAGUUUGAACGGCCCACGUUAUUCGAUCAAUGGAUCGGAUCUAUUACAUCACGAGAAUCAGUACACGUGGAUCCGUGGCACGGCAGAUUAUACGUUUACGCAACGAAAACGAGGUGAAACAUGUAUCGCAGGCAUUUUUAGCAUUUCAAAACGCCGUCUACCAUAA